AUGGCUUUUUUCCAUCCAAUUCAUGAAGCAAACAAGAACAGCCCAUAUGGAGAUCUCAGAAGAGAAGAAUUCCACAAGAAGCAUCAGAUACUUCACAAAGAAAGCUUCAUGAUCAACAACAAUAACAUGAAGAUUUUUACCCAAUCAUGGCAGCCUGCAGAUUCAACUUCAAAAGUACCGAAAGGGCUUGUGGCCAUGAUACAUCCAUAUUGCUCAGAAAGCAGCUGGCUUUUUGAGCUAAACGCGGUAGCCAUAGCUAAAGCUGGCUACUUUGUUUGUGCCCUUGAUCUUCAAGGCCAUGGCUACUCAGACGGCUCACCCGGAAUCAUUUCAGAUUUCGAGGUUUUGGUUUCCGAUUCGACCCAAUACUUCGAUUCUGUUCGAAAAGAGCACCCGAAACUUCCAGCCUUUCUAUAUGGUGAAUCAAUGGGAGGAGGUCUUUCCAUCAUCAUUUGCUUAAGGCAAAAAAAUGAGUGGGAUGGACUCAUUUUAUGCGGUUCACUUUGUGGUGUUUCUGAAAAUAUGAUGCCGUUAUGGCCAAUGGACAAGCUCUUGCCUUUGACAGCUUUUUUUGCACCAUCAAAGAGGAUAAACAGCACAAAACUUCUGGCAACCGAAGCGGUCAAAGAGGAAUGGAAGAAAAAGUUGGCGAUGAAGAGCCCGAAUCCGCCUACGAGUGCGAUGAUUCCACUUCCAGCAAUUACUACUCAACAAACCCUGCAAGGAAUGGCUUACAUUCAAACAAGAUGCCGGGAAUUAGAGCUGCCUUUGCUGAUUUUGCAUGGUGGAGAUGACAAGAUCUGUGAUCCUCAAUCAGCUAAGUUUCUUCUUGAAUCAGCUGCCAGUCAGGAUAAGUCCUUGAAGAUUUUUCCAGGGAUGUGGCAUCGAUUGGUUGGGGAACCGAAUGAAACUAUAGAACUAGUUUUUGAGAUAAUUAUUUCUUGGAUUGAGGUGAGAGCUAAGAUGGCCAAAAUGACUCAUUACAUGCGCUCUUCCCUUUAG